AGAUUCAGGAGUCUUCCUUUUAUCUUCUUCAAACAAAAUCAACAGUGAGAGAUUGAUGGAGGGUUCUUCAUCACAAAGUGUGUAUUCGAUUGGAUCUGCAGAUUACAAAUGCGAUUGUGGGUUGGCUCUUGUAGUUCGAACCUCAUUCACUUAUCAAAACAUGGGAAUGAGGUUUCGUUGUUGUCCAAAGAAAACAGGACAAUGCCCAUAUUUCCAUUUCCUACUUGGUGAGGAAAGGAUCAAGGAAAGAGCUAAGGAGUUGUUGUUGAUUUGAAGGAUAAGGAAUUGAGGAAUCUAAAGGAGAAAGAAAAUUUUCAAAAGGAAAAUGGUGAGUUAAAGUUGGAAAAAGAGAAAAUAAUUGAGGAAAAUAAAGAUUUGAUGGAAGAGAAUGCAAAACUAUUACAAGAAAAUGAUCAGCUGAAGAAGCAAAGUGGAUUAAUGGAUAGGAAGAUAAAGCAUUUAAAGAAAAAAGUUAAGAAGGU